AUGUUGAGCGAGGUGAGCACCGGUCCGAGCUCCAAGUUCAAGAUCCCGCUGGCCGUCCACGAGGCGAUCCGCGGUGCUCCAGGGGCGAUCGGGCGGUUUGUCAGGAAGACGUGCGUUCCGCCAGACUCCACGGCGAGCUUCGCGCGGCUGCGCGAGGUGUUGCCGCUGCCGGUGCCCGACGCCCCGCUCUUCGAGAAGCACUGCGCCGCCUGGUGCCAGGGCCAGCAGCUGGCCGAGAGCGAGCUGGAGGGGGCAGUUGCCCAGGGCUGGGCGCAGCUUGUCGUCUUCAGCCUGAACUGCCAGUACACGGGGCGCAUGCGGUGUCCGACGGCGCACCCGCGUUGGCCCACUGCAGGGCUGGCCAGUGCACUAGACAUCGUGGGCCGCGCCUGCGCGUGCUUCGCCGGGGGCGCCGCCCCGUCGUUCGAGCUCCCCGACUGGAGCGAGGUCAUCGCGGCGAAGAGCAUCUCCUACGGCGGGGACGAGACAUCACGGGCGCUCCCCCUAUCGCUUGCUGGAAUAUUGCCGGGCCUCCCUGGGCGCGGGGUCGCAGCCUCGGUCAAGGCGCUCGACAUCGCGGGCUCGCGGGUGGGCGCUUGGCUGGCCGACCCAGCGCUGGCCCUCUUCCCCAGGGCCGAAUGGCCGCAAGAGGCCCCGCGAGCGGCGGCCCAGGUCGAGACCAGGCAGGAGUGGUACAAGAUCGGGGCCAAAGCUGGUCGAGCUCGGACUCGCGACGCCGCGAUCGCCGAGGGCCGCGUCUUCAAGGUCCGGAACCGGAAGUUGCUGGCAGGGGCCUUUGGCGUCGCCAAAGGUGGGGCGCCUUUGCCGGGCCAGGCGCGCGCCCAGCGGCCCACCAUCAACAUGGUUCUGGCGAGCAGCUUCCAGCGCAUCAUGAAAUAUGACGUCGGCGCUCUCAGCGCCUCGCCGUCGUGGGUGGCCAUUCCGCUCCCGAAUGGCCACAUGCUGCUGUGGUCGUCGGACGACCAGGCGUCGGCGUUCUACUGCUGCGAGCUGCCGGCCGCCUGGCAGCCGUUCGUGACCCUCGCGGAGGCCAUCCCGAACGAGCUCGUCGGCGUGUCCGGCCCAGGCAAAACCCACUUGGCGCUGCGGGUCAUCCCGAUGGGCUGGAUCAACGCACCUGGAGUGGCGCAAGGGCCGGCCGCCCCGUUCAAGUCGAAGGAGCUCGAGCAGCAGUGGGCCCAGCACUACGUCGACGACUGGGACCACGGCGAGGUAGCGCCCAGCUCUUUGGUCGAGGAGCUGAUCGGCGCGGUCAGCCGCGCGCAGCUGGGGCAGAGGGCCGCCUACCACCGUUCAGGGAUCAAUGUGGCCCCCGACAGGGCCGAUCACCGUGCGUUGGUUCUCGAGAGGAUGGGCGCUGGGCUCGACGGGGCCAAGCUGUUCCUGCUCGUGGGGUUCAUCCUGUGGGCCAUCGGCCAACCGGCGCUGUCGUCCCAGGCGAUGCUCAUGGUGUUGGGCUGGUGUGUCAGGGCAGCGGAGUUCAGGCGGCCGUUCAUGGGCUUCCUCAACAGCGCGUGGGCGGCUGGCCGCUGGGCUCGGCCGCAGCCCGUCCCGCUGGGCAUGUGCGACGAACUCUUGGGGUUUGCCCUCGCGCUGCCGCUCGCCUUCACCGAACUGCGCGCCCGCGUCGACGCGUGCGUGAUCGCGACGGACGCCAGCGAGCACGCCGGGGGCAUGUGCUACACGGUCGAGCUCAGCGAGCAGGGCGUCGCCUGUGCCAAGGGCGAGGCGUCGGCAGUGACGCUGCGGCCGGGUGCCAUCUCGGAGCCCGUGCAGGGGGCCCGCUGGCAGCCCCGCAUCGUCCUCGUUGAGUUGUUCGCGGGGGCAGCAGGCAGGCUGCCCGUCACUGUGGUUGCCCACGUCAGCUGUGAGGUUGACCCCGCGGACCUCGCGGGCGUCAGCGCGGUGGGCGCUGGCCUUUCAGGCCCGCGGUCGAAGCUCUUCUACCGCGUCCCGGAGCUGAUCGAGGCGGCGGAGGCCGCCUUCCCCAAGCACACCAUGUGGCUCGUCGAGAACGUGUUCAGCAUGACCCUCCAGUCGCGGGCAGAGUUCCCACGGGCGCUGGGAGUGGCGCCGGUCUUCCUGGACGCCAAGUCCCUCGCCCACGUCAGGCGGCCGCGGCUGUGCUGGCGCCCGUGGCCGGUCGUGUCUUUCCUCGCCUCGGGCGCCGCGGUCGAAGCCAAGGGCGAGGGUGCAGCGGCCCGCUUCAAGGUCACGCUUGCGGUGGAGCGGCUGCCGCUGGCAGCAUCCCUCCUUGAGGCCUGGUCGCUGCUGGGCCCCGAGGCGGACCUGCUGUGCUUCGCGCGGCCGAUCCCAGGGAAGCGCCCGCCGCUCUGGCCCGCGGGGCUUGAGUGGGUCUCCCCGGCGGCGGCGCAGCUGCGGGCAGCAGACGGCUACCGCUACCAGGUCAACAGCUACGAGGAAGGCAGUCUUUUCUGGGACGCGCAGCGUGAGCGGGGCCGGCUGCCUGUGCCAGAGGAGCGCGGGGCGCCGAUGGGGUUCGACCGCCUCUAUUUCCAGGCCGCUGCACAAGAUAGUUCCGCCCCAUCAGAGCGCGACGCUAUCGUCGAGUCCCUGAUUGGGAACGCGUUCUGCGUCCAGGUCGUCGCGUAUCUUCUCGGCUCGUGGCUGGCUCAAGUGGGAGCGCUUGCGGCGGCUAUGCCGGGGCAGAGCUGCCUUGCCGUGGGCGCCUGCGAGGCGAACUGGAACGUCGCCCCCGACUCCCAGCAGUUAGGGCAUCGCGCCCCCCAGCUGGAGCGCAGCCUCAUCGUGGAGUUCUGGCCGACCGCGGAGGCCUUUCGCUGGCAGCGCGCGGCUCGCAUCUCGGCGCUGGAGGUGGAGGCCGCAGUUGCAGGCGCGCGCUGGAGGUGCAGGGCGGUCGAGGGCCACCGCUGCAGGUGCCUGCGCAUUCUCGAUGCCCAAGCGAUCGCUGCCGUCAGCACCAAGGGUAGGUCGAGCGCGCGGGCGCUCCAGCCCGCCCUCCGCAGGCUCAACUCCCUGCUCCUCGCGGCGGCUGGCUACCCGCUCUACGGCUACUGCGACGCGGACGACGUGCCCGCGGACGCGCCGUCGCGGUGGAGCUUCGGCAGCGGCAAGGGUGAAGCGGGCAGCAGCCAAGCGAUGGUCACGCCCCUCACCCUGCAGCGGUACCGGGCAGCAGUCGAUGAGGUCGUCGACUUCUGGAUCAAGGAAGAGAACAAUCCUCGAACCCCGGCCCAGGUUGACGCUGGGGCGUCCGCCUUCAUCGAGAGCCGGUGGCUGAAUGUCGGCUCCCUGUUCGAGGUUAACAAUGCAAUUGCCGGCGUCGCUCGCGAGUUCCCGCCGGUGCGAGGGCACCUCGAGGAGAGCUGGCGCCUCGCCAAAACGUGGCAGCGUCUGGAGCUGGCUGGCCGGGCGCUGCCGAUCGGGCCGCUGAUUGCCGCAGCGUUCGCGGGGGCAGUGCUGCAGCUGCGCAACACCAAGAGCCAGCAACAGACGGGCGCCCGCGAGUUCGUGCUCGUGCGGAGCGCAGCGGCAGUCGCGCUCCUGGCCAAAACCAAGGCCAAUGCACGACAGAGUGACCUGUGCAUCGGGAUGGAGCCGAGUAGCUUCAUGCGCAUAUUCGGCCAGGUGCGCGAGCUGCUAGAGCUGCAAGACGCCAAGCUGACCUUGCGCAGCUGGAGGCGGGGCGGUGCUUCCGCCGAUGUCCGCAGCCACGGCUCGAUGGAGCAGACGUUGUUCCGAGGCGGGUGGACCUCGGCGAGGACGGCCCGCCUUUACGUCCAAGACGCCGUCGCCGAGGCCACGCAGCUCAGCCAGGGG